GCAGAGUGUAAACAUGGCGGGGGGAGCGGUUCUGAAAGCAUUGCAAUUCAUAGUAACAAACGUGUACUACCAUAAACUUGUAGUGUUUGUAUUAAUUAGUAUAGUAAACGGUGCAAAAUCGGGAUCAGGCGGCCAGGUAUUGCCUGUCAAUGACGCUAACUGGACGCUGAUUCUUCAGGGAGAAUGGAUGUUGAAAUUCUAUGCUCCAUGGUGCCCAGCUUGUCAGCAGAUACAGCCCGAUUGGGAGAACUUUGCAAAGAAGAGUAAAGCUCUUGGCAUCAGUGUGGGAAAGGUCAACGUUACACAGGAGCCAGGUUUGAGUGGACGUUUUCUUGUCACAACACUGCCAACAAUCUUUCAUGCCAAGGAAGGACUGUUUCGGAGAUACCUUGCUUCCAGGACUGUGGAGGACCUUCAGAGUUACAUUAGAGAAAAGAAGUGGGAAUCUGUGGAGCCUGUGCCAGCAUGGAAAGCUCCCUCUUCCAUUGGGAUGACAGGCAUGUCAUGGCUCUUUCGCCUAUCGGUUUGGCUAAGACAUAUCCACAGUUACCUGACUGAGACGCUAGGAAUACCUGUUUGGGGAUCUUAUACUAUCUUUGCUCUUGUAACUUUGUUAACUGGACUUUUCCUUGGCCUGAUGCUAGUUUUAAUUGUUGACUGCCUUUGUCCAUCGAAGACUAGAUACAGAGAAGUAACAACAGAAGUACAUGAGGAGCUUUCUGAUGGAGAACAGGAGGGUGUUCCCACAGAAGAGAAGCAGCAGUGUGACACUGAGGAUGAAAAAGAGAGCCUGAGUGACAGGGCCUCGAGGGAAGAUUCAGCUGGUGAUGAGGCUUCCGGACCCGAGGAACAGGCAGUAGAUACAGUUGAUGGCCUGCCCUCAGGCAACACAGCCGCCACUGGAGUGAGGAAACGGAAACCUCAAGUAACAGAGUCAAUGAAUCCAAGCACAAACACUUAAAGAUAAGAAAUGAGGACCAAAGAGAGAUACCAUUAACUGGUGGAUAUGUAAACAUAAUUAUUUUUUAUCAUGUAUAGUUUUAUACAGGAUGUAACAAAGGGAAAUGUUUCUCUUUGUAUCAAGGUCUUUAAGUAUAUAUUUUUAGUGUUCGUUUCUUACAUAUAAAAAAAAAAAGACAGCAGUGGGCACACACUUUGCAUUCAGUGUUUAAAAAAAAAUAUAGUAUUUUUAUUAUAUUGUUAACUUCCUACUAUUUUACACAAAUAAUCUCAAAGUUAAUCUGUAUUUAUAAUACAGAUUAAUUAUAAUCCUAAUUAUAAAAAUGAACUCUCCAUUUAGGCAAUCCACUAAACUAAUAAAUGACACAUUUUAAGGACAUAUUCUGCCAGCUGUUUGGCAGUGAUGUAUGUAGGUCUGGCAUAAACCACUGUGUUUGAACACAUUAGUAGUUUACUGUACCCUGUAUUCCAGUUCUUUUUUGUGAAUCAAAUAGAAUACUAUAUACAGGAUUUGAACACAGAAACGAUAACCUGCCUUGACAAUCAACCAUGUCCACCAUGUUCUGUUUUCUGGCUUUUAAAUUGAGUUUGAUUAAGUAAUGGGUGUCAUUCCAAGUAUUCCAUAUACUGUACUCCAUAGGCAACAUUUCAACAGGACUUACCAUAGCUUACAUAGUUGAGUAACUCUACAACAUGUUUGCAAAAAACACAUGGCAGCAUUUUAUA